CUGCAAAUCCAACGGUUAAAACAAAUAGAUUCUUGUUAGCCAGGCCCGUAGAGCUUCCCCUAUAAACCCUCGUCCCUCAACUCUCAACCCAUUUUAACCUAAGAUCGCCGAUUCCCUCCUCUCGUUUCGCGGUUCCAUUAUUCGACGCAUUCCAAUGGCUUUGCCGGACCAGAAGACUGUUGAUUAUCCGAGUUUCAAGCUUGUGAUUGUUGGUGAUGGUGGCACUGGAAAAACAACUUUUGUGAAAAGACAUAUCACCGGGGAGUUUGAAAAGAAAUACGAACCAACCAUUGGCGUGGAAGUGCACCCUUUGGACUUCUUCACAAACUGCGGAAAGAUUAGAUUUUACUGCUGGGACACUGCUGGGCAGGAGAAGUUUGGUGGUUUACGGGAUGGCUACUACAUCCAUGGGCAAUGUGCAAUCAUCAUGUUUGAUGUUACUGCCAGAUUGACAUACAAAAAUGUCCCCACAUGGCACCGUGAUCUUUGCAGGGUGUGUGAGAAUAUUCCAAUUGUUCUUUGUGGAAACAAGGUUGAUGUGAAGAACAGGCAGGUGAAGGCCAAGCAAGUCACCUUUCACAGGAAGAAGAACCUGCAGUACUAUGAAAUAUCUGCGAAGAGCAACUACAAUUUUGAAAAACCAUUCCUGUACUUGGCCAGGAAGUUAGCUGGGGAUGCUAACAUUCAUUUUGUGGAGUCCCCAGCUCUGGCUCCUCCUGAAGUACACAUUGAUUUGGCUGCCCAGCAACAGCAUGAAGCUGAAUUAGCAGCAGCUGCCAGUCAACCUCUUCCCGAUGAUGACGAUGAUGCUUUUGAGUAAAAAUGGAUUAACAGAAGAGAAGAGACUAUGUAGGCAGAGAGUAUGGCUGAGGAUUGAAACUUGAAUUUUGAAAACGUUAGUUUUCCUCCGGGAUGAAAGAAAUUCGUGGUGUAGAUGGUUGGUUUAUAGGGCCACAUGGCCUCCUAUGAAAGUUCAUUAUGCAUCAUUUCUCUAUUUGAUCUGUGUUUGUUUU